CGUGGUUGGGGAGGUACCUCAAGAGGGAAAGGCGAAAGAGAAGGACCAGAGAGAGGAAGGAAGAACCAGGAGGAACGGAAGGGAACUCAGAGCUGGGGGGGGGGGGAGGUGAAUAGGACUAGGGAUGCGGACGGAGCUCAGGACCCCAUGGCUCUUGCGGGCACUGGCCGGUGGAUGGCAGGGCUGGUCCUGAAGUUGAGUUUGAGAGGCGACACGGCGGCGGCGGCCGCGCUGCUCCCGCUCCUCUGCCUCCCCAUGGAUAUGCACUGCAAAGCAGACCCCUUCUCCGCGAUGCACCCAGGGCACGGGGGUGUGAACCAGCUCGGGGGGGUGUUUGUGAACGGCAGGCCCCUGCCCGACGUGGUGAGGCAGCGCAUCGUGGAGCUGGCCCACCAGGGUGUGCGGCCCUGCGACAUCUCCCGGCAGCUGCGGGUCAGCCACGGCUGUGUCAGCAAAAUCCUGGGCAGGUACUAUGAGACAGGCAGCAUCAAACCCGGAGUGAUUGGUGGCUCCAAGCCCAAAGUGGCAACGCCCAAAGUGGUGGACAAGAUUGCCGAAUACAAGCGACAGAACCCAACUAUGUUCGCCUGGGAGAUCCGGGACCGGCUCCUGGCAGAAGGCAUCUGUGACAACGACACAGUGCCCAGCGUCUCUUCCAUCAACAGGAUCAUCCGGACCAAAGUUCAGCAACCUUUCCACCCAACGCCGGAUGGAGCCGGGACCGGAGUGACUGCCCCUGGCCACACCAUUGUUCCCAGUACGGCCUCCCCUCCUGUUUCCAGCGCCUCCAAUGAUCCAGUGGGAUCCUACUCCAUCAACGGGAUCCUGGGGAUCCCUCGCUCCAAUGGCGAGAAGAGGAAACGUGAUGAAGUCGAGGUAUACACUGAUCCUGCCCACAUUAGAGGAGGUGGAGGUUUGCAUCUGGUCUGGACUUUAAGAGAUGUGUCCGAGGGCUCAGUCCCCAAUGGAGACUCCCAGAGUGGCGUGGAUAGUUUGCGGAAGCACUUGCGAGCUGACACCUUCACCCAGCAGCAGCUGGAAGCUUUGGACCGUGUCUUUGAGCGUCCUUCCUACCCUGACGUCUUCCAGGCAUCAGAGCACAUCAAAUCAGAACAGCAGGGGGAUUCCCACUGCUACACUCCACCCUUGGGGCUUCUGAGGCAGGAGAUGCUACAGAAACGUAAAGGGUGCUGGGAUAACCACCGAGAAUGUACAAGCUGCACCUCAGCUUCCCAAAGUCAGGGGAACGAGUACUCCCUCCCAGCCCUGACCCCUGGGCUUGAUGAAGUCAAGUCGAGUCUAUCUGCAUCCACCAACCCUGAGCUGGGCAGCAACGUGUCAGGCACACAGACAUACCCUGUUGUGACCGGUCGUGACAUGGCGAGCACCACUCUGCCUGGUUACCCCCCUCACGUGCCCCCCACUGGCCAGGGAAGCUACCCCACCUCCACCCUGGCAGGAAUGGUGCCUGGGAGCGAGUUCUCCGGCAAUCCGUACAGCCACCCCCAGUACACGGCCUACAACGAGGCUUGGAGAUUCAGCAACCCCGCCUUACUAAUGCCGCCCCCCGGGGCUCCGCCCCUGCCGCUGCUGCCGCUGCCUAUGACCGCCACUAGUUACCGCGGGGACCACAUCAAGCUUCAGGCCGACAGCUUCGGCCUCCACAUCGUCCCCGUCUGACCGCCCACCCCGGAGGGAGGGAGGACCGACGCGACACGAAGCCUCCCGGCCACCGCCCCAGACCCAGCCCCAUCCCAGGACCCCUGCAGCCCUUCACUUCACCCCGUCGAAGGCCGGACAGGACGGGUGGAAUUGCGGGCGGAAUCGCGGGCGGGACCCUCAGGCCCGGGCCCGCCGCCCCCAACCCCGCCCGCCUCCGCUCCCCGCCUGCCUGGACUGCGCGGCGUCGCGAGGAGGGCCCGACCCAGCUUGUCCCCGCCUCGCCCAAGCUGGCCCCGGAGCCUAUCAGCCACACGGCCGGACUCUGGCCCCGCCCGCCGCUGCGCGCGGGGGACACGUUUCUGUGACACACAAUCAGCGCGGACUGCAGCGCGGCUCAGCCCUGGAGCAGCCCGCCUCGGACGCUUCCGCGCCAGGAAGCCUCGCUGGAGGGACUGGGCAAAGGAAAUUAAGAACAAAACUACUUUCUGUUGUAGGAGGAAGAGCCUCCUGCCGAGCCCUCGGGGAAAAGUCCUUACCCCCGCACCAGCCGGACUGACACCAUCCUCCCAGUGUGCCCUGCCCCAAAGGUGGAAUGGAAUGGUGGUGUACAGGGGGCCAGGCUCUAGGGACACGGGUUGGGGUCGCCAGGUAUUUCUAAGGUUGAGACCCAAGGCACGCAGGCUCCAGCAGCCCGCACUCACAGAGCCGACUCUUGGCUCUUCCCUACUCCACCUCAACAGCCCAGUUCCCCAGGGCCCAGGCACUUCCUACUAGUGACCAGACUCUCAGCUUCGCCUUGCCCCUACCUCAGCAUCUCUUCCAUCUGCUGACCUCGCAGUUCCCCCUCCUGCCCGUUAUUUCCCCAUCCCACGACGCUUUGCAUCUCUCCUCCCUAACUCGCAGCCCCAACGGAGGCUCUCCCGUGCCUGCCUCAGGACCAGUUUCCGCAGGCCAAGGGCACUGGUCUUUCCCAAGCAGUUACUUGAUGUCCCCCUCCCCCGAUACAGACUCUCAAUCUGCUGGUGGUAGGAGCAGGUUCUGGGCUGCCGUCUGAGCUGCGCGGGGUGGAAGUGGGGGACUGCCCACCCCCAGCCUCCCCCUCUGGCAGUAACUGAACAGAACCGCAAAAAGUCUACAUUUAUUUAAUAUGAUGAUCUUUGCAAAAAGGAAAACAAAACAAAACCCCAACAGGCUGCUGCUUUGUAGAAAGACGGUGUGUGUCGUGUGAAGGCGAACCCCUGUGUAUAUAACCCCGCCCUAUCCACCCCGCCCCGCCCAGUAGAGUCCCCUUGGCCCGCCCGCCCUGCCUGUAGAUACGCUCCGCUGUCUGUGCUGUGAGAGUCGCCGCUCGCUGGGGGGGAGGGGGGGGACACAGCUACAUGCCCACUAAAGCACAGCACGUCCUGGGGGAGGGGGGCAUUUUUUUAUGUUACAAAAAAAUUACGAAAGAAAAAUCUCUAUGCAAAAUGAUGAACAUGGUCCUGUGGACUCCUCUCGCCUCUGUUUUGUUGGCUAUUUCUCUGUAAUUCCGUGUUUUCGCUCUCUCCUCAUCCUUUUCCUCUGCAUCUCUCCCCUCUGCUUCUCUCCCCCUCUGUCUCUGUCUCUCUCCGUCUCCGUCUCUUGUCUCUCUCUGUCCCUCCCUCGGCCUUUCUCCCCAGCCCUGCCCCGGCCGCCUUGCCCUCUGAGGCUAGAUCAGAGGUGGCAGCUCUAGCCCCAGGGCUUGCCCCUCGCGGCUGUGCCCCGCGCGCCCUGGGCCGCCGGCGGCCGGGCCGCCCCGCCCUGGAGUUGCUCUCUCCGUAGCAGCGAUGCGCCCUGCAUGUCUCCUCACCCGUGGAUCGUGACGACUCGAAAUAACAGAAACAAAGUCAAUAAAAGUGAUAAAUAAAUAAAUAAAUAAAAAUCCUUGAACAAAUCCUAAAAGGCUUGGAGUCCUCGCCCAGAUCUCUCUCUCCCCUUCGAGCCUUUUUAUUUGAAAAGGAAAAACGAGAAAAGAGAUUAGUUUAAAGGAACUGCCGUUGCCCAGCCAGGCUCCAGUGGCCCGAGCGGGGCAGCGAGCGAGUCAAGGUUUAAACUCCGAGGCCCGACCCAUUCCAGUCCCUGUGGGGCUGGCCAGACAGGGGCCCCAGACCCAGGACCCAGCCAAACCCUCAAAACCCGAUGGCUCUGGUCUCCUUGGCCACUUACAGCGCAUCGGUUCGUUUUAAUUCUUUUUCUUUUCUUUUCUUUUUUUCUUUUCUUUUCUUUUCUUUUUUCUUUUUUCUUUUUUUUUCUUUCUUUUUUUUUUUUUGGUGUGUGCACAUGAGAAAUAAAUAAUUAAUAAUAAUAAUAAUAAUAAAUAAUAAUAAUAAUAAAAUUUUGUAUGUCA